AUGGAGAUUGAGCAUCAAAGAUGUUACAUCUACUCUCCAGCAGAGGAGAGUGAUCGUCCCGCAAAACGCCAGCGUACAGGCCAGUCGAGUCCCGAUGCCGCAUUGUCCAAGAGACUCCAGACUUUUCGGCAGCUUUGGCAGAAGCAAGAGAGUCUUGUCCAGGCAACCCUCGAAGAGGCAGAUUCAGCAACCCAAAGGAACAUCAUCGAUUUCAUCUCUGCAUCAAAAGAUGAUGCGCUAGAUCACCGAGCAAUUCCAGCUGGGCUCAUUGUUGCAGGGCCAAGCAUCGCCUCUCACGGUCCGUUCUUUGAACGACUGGGUCGGAGAAUCGAAAAGGAAACACGUAGUUCUUACUUAGUGUUGACUUCAGGCGAAAGCCCUAAUUUGAAAACGCUUUUGAAAAACCUUAUCAAGAAGGCUACGUCACGAGCCGAAAACGAAGACGAAGACGAGGAAAGUGGCCGACCAACUUCUACCAGGAAUGGACCCAAGAUCCUUGAUUUUGACCUAGCGCAUUUGCACGAUUGGCAAGAGAAGAACCAGGCCAGCAAUAUUAUUGUUGCAAUCCAAGAUAGUGAAGCUUUCGAUGCCGUUGUUUUGGUUGAAUUGAUCGAGCUCCUAUACUCGUGGUCAGACCGCAUACCAUUUAUAUUGCUCUUUGGUAUCGCUACUUCGGCAGAGAGCUUUGAAGAUCGUCUCUCCGCCAAAUUACCUCGUUAUUUAGAUGGGCAAAAGUUUGAUGUCACGCAAUCUGAUGAGAUCAUUGAAAGGUUGUUCGCUGCGACUAUUGCCGGUUACGAUACGCCCCUUCGUAUGGGAUCUAACCUGUGUCGCCGCAUUCUCGAUAGACAGAAAGAUCAUGUACAAAACGUACAAGAAUUUUCAAACGGUCUGAAAUACGCGUACAUGUCUCAUUUAUACGCUUCCCCCCCAAGCAUAUUCUUGAGCGAGGAGCUACCCUUUGCUCAGGUGCCGCCUAGUGCCCUUGAGGCAGUACGAAUCGUACCCUCUUUUAGACGAUGGGUGGAGUUACUUCUCAAGGAUCGCAAGACCCAGGAAGUCCGCGACCUUCUGGAUUCAGAUGAACACUUGUUCAAUAGAACCCAAGAACAUGUCAAAGCGGGCCAAAAGAAACUGAACGCCAUAAGCGAUGCAAUCCGAAUUGUAUCGAGCAUCCGAGACUCUCUUCAGAUGUCACCAAGGGUGACACUCGCUUCACUAUGGAUUAGAGCUGCGAAUGGUGAAUUAAUUGACUCGCCUCUUCUCCGCGAAACUAUGCUAUCUGCUAAAAAGGUAUCCUCCGACAAGAUCGGCCGAAUACUGGCCUCGUUGGCUACGCUUUCUAGCCAAGGGAGAUGCCCGAUUGAUAUGGCAUUCUACGAGCAAGGCUUUGCACAACUGAUCAGCAACAACACCGAUUCUACACCGCUCCGGACCCAACACGAUGUCCGCAACGAAAGCCUGCGAACCACUGUCGUGGCACAGAAAGUUCUACUGAGCAAGCAUAAGGCAGCCCUGUCUGAACAAGAUAGGGCAUAUUCGGAUCUUGUAGGAAAGUUCAACGACGAGCUGGAGCAGUACUUGAAACAAACUUUGAUUGACCCCCGAGAGAUGUUCCUCUCCGAGAUCCUGCUGUACGAUCUCAAAUCCCCACAUACUGAAGUCUUCCAACCAAAGCCGCGUUUCGCAAUUGAACGCGCGCUUGCCUCGCCGCACGACUAUCUUGGUUGCGAGUGCUGUGGAGGUGAUGCAGCGCUCUCGGCCACCCAGCCGCCUACGUCCAUCCUGUACCAGCUGUACCUGGAAUCCGGAUCGUUGAUCAAUGUCAGUGAUCUUUGGCAAGCGUUCAAUGCCAUUGUUGGGGGUGGAGAAGAGGACGAGGAGCGCGAGGUCCAUACAAAAGCUCUAUUCCAGCGCGGGCUGGCGGAGUUAAAACAUCUCGGAAUGGUGAGAUCCAGCAGGAAGAAGACGGACCAUGUCGCGAAGAUGAUGUGGAAGGGGUUGUAA